GUUUAAGCUUAAUUUUGGAUUUGACUCAUGAAAAAGACGUGUAUCAAAAGUAUAUUAUCAAAAGUAUAUUUUUUCGGAUCAAGAACGGAAGCUGUUGGGAGACUAUUUAAACAAAAAAUACAAAUUUGAAAUAACAGCAUCUAUUCCUAAAAACGUUACUGAUAAUUGGUCUGCUGUUGCUUAACUUGCCAUAAGAAGGGUACUUUUACUGCAUUAAAGUAUAUUUCAAAAUUACAAAGUCUUGAAUCGACAAGCGAGGUGAAUUUUAUAUAUUUUGAGAUAUUUAGACAUGUGGUCCUUACUCUCCAUGAAGAUGCAAGUUUGAUUAAGAAUAUUAUUGAAAACAAUGGUUCCAUUUCAGAGCAAGACGUGUACACCCUCUGGCUUCCCAUCAUUAAGAGGAUUGUAUCUAUAAAAAAGAUAAUCAGAAUGAAACAAGGCGAAACGAUUAACCUAUACACUACCAAACGCAAACAAGCCCAAUAUUUCGAUCACGAAAAAGUAAAAGGAUUUAAAAUUGAUGUACGUUUGCUGCUAAAUUAUGGUCGGAACGAAAUCGAUUUAUGUGCUGAAGAAGUUGCGAUAAAUACCUACGAAACCGACAAGCUUAUCCAUGAUACAUGCUUUUUGGCCAUCAAAAAUGGUAAAAUUUUGAAUGCAACUUAGCCUUGGCCACAACAUCGUUUAUUUCACAACGAAACAUCGGAUUGCUGUUA